AUGAAUAUUACUAGAAUACUCGCUCUCUCGAGUUGUUUUCCGAAACGAAAACGGCUCCUACGCCUUGUAUGGCCGAAAUAUGUCUAUUGUUACCCACUUCAGAGGUCAAUUAAAACUCAGUCGCGACAGCUCGCGUUCGCCAAAGACUUGUUCCUCGGUCAGAUAAAUAAGGAUGUAGUAUUUCCCUAUCCAGACAUUGGAAUUGAAGAAUUGGAGGAGAUAAACCAGUUUGUGGUUCCAGUGGAAAAAUUCUUCAGUGAGAAAGUUGACUCGGCAAAGAUAGAUCGUGAAGCCAAAAUACCCACUGAAACGUUGAAUGGCUUAAAAGAACUUGGACUUUUUGGAAUUCAGAUUCCAGAGCUAUAUGGAGGUCUGGGAUUAUCCAACACCAUGUAUGCACGACUAGCAGAAAUAAUAUCUUUAGAUGCCUCUAUUGCUGUGACACUGGCUGCACAUCAAGCAAUUGGACUGAAGGGUAUAUUAAUAGCGGGGAAUGAAUCCCAGAAGAUGAAGUACCUGCCCAAAUUGGCAUCAGGGGAACACAUUGCAGCUUUUUGUUUGACUGAGCCUGGAAGUGGAAGUGAUGCAGCCUCAAUUCAAACGCGAGCAACAUUGUCAGACGAUGGAAAAUAUUACCUUCUCAAUGGAUCCAAGAUUUGGAUUUCAAAUGGUGGAAUGGCUGACAUCAUGACUGUGUUUGCACGGACUGAGGUAUUUGAAAACGACACAAAGAAAGAGAAGAUUUCUGCAUUUAUUGUUGAGAGAGCUUUUGGAGGCAUAACUAGUGGAAACCCUGAAGACAAACUUGGCAUUAGGGGCUCCAACACUUGCGAAGUGUCAUUUGACAAUGUUCCAGUACCACUGGAAAAUCUCAUUGGAGAAUUAGGAGAAGGAUUCAAGAUUGCCAUGAACAUUCUCAACUCUGGAAGAUUUAGCAUGGGAAGUUCUUCAGCUGGAAUGAUUAAAAAGUUGAUUGAACUGACCUCUGAGUAUGCUGUAACGAGGAAGCAGUUUAACAAAAGCAUAAGUGAAUUUGGAAUGAUACAGGAGAAAUUUGCAAUCAUGGCCCUCAAUGCCUUUGUAAUGGAGAGCAUGGCAUACCUGACAUCAGGAAUGAUGGACAGACCUGGGCUACCAGAUUGUUCUUUAGAAGCUGCCAUAGUCAAGGUGUUCAGCUCCGAGGGAGGCUGGAUUUGUGUCAGUGAAGCACUUCAGGUCCUUGGAGGUUUGGGUUAUACAAAGAACUACCCAUAUGAGCGUUAUGUAAGGGACUGUCGUAUCCUGCCUAUCUUUGAGGGUACCAAUGAAAUUUUGAGACUCUACAUCGCUCUUACUGGAAUGCAGUAUGCGGGCAAAAUCCUCACGGGAAAAAUAAAGGAAAUGAAGAAAGGAAAUAUAGGUAUGGCUUUGGGAAUGAUCAGCAAAAAGUUGAAAAACUCAUUCGGAAGUACAACAGGCGCUUCACAUCUGGAAAAGAAUGGAAUGGUUCAUCCAAGCUUAGCUGGAAGUGCACAGAAGUUUGAAGAAAAUGUUUAUCUUUUUGGAUCAACUGUGGAGAGCCUUUUAUACAGAUAUGGAAAAACAAUUGUGGAUGAACAGCUCAUUCUGAAGAAGGUAGCAGAUGUGCUCAUCAACUUGUAUGCAAUGACAGCUGUCCUGUCCCGAAGUAGCCGUUCCAUCACAAUCGGUCUAAGGAAUCAUGACCAUGAGGUGUUGCUCGCAAACACCUUCUGCGAUGAUGCCUACUUCAAAAACAAUUUUUGGAUGACUCAGUUGCAAAAAAAUUCGCCUGAGAACAACGAUGCCAGCAUUAAGAAGAUUGCCAAGGAGGUAUUGGACAAUAGAGGAUAUAUUUGCUCCCAUCCUCUUGAGAGAACAUACUGA